AUGGAAUACCUAAGCCUGGGGAUGGCCUUUCCCCCAUCAUCAAUUGUUUUAAUGAUUGGAUUUGAUGAUGUAAAAAUAAUGUCUUGGAACAUUAGAGGUGCUAUGAAUGAGGAUGGAAGACGGUUUGUUAAAGAUACCGUUCGUUACAGGAAACCUGAUAUUAUCAUCAUUGUUGAACCACGUUGUCAGUUUAACCGUGUUCGUUCCUUCUGGACGUCUUUGGGUUUCACAUUGCAAUUUAUUUCUGAAGCGACAGGCUUUAGUGGUGGAAUCUGGGUGUUGUCUAAUGAGGCUUCUAACCUUUCCUUUUGCCUCUGGGACAUGCACUCUCAGAUUGUGUCUUUUGAAAUUUGGCGGGCAAAUUUUUCCUGGAUUUGUAGUGCGGUGUAUGCUUCUCCCAUUCCGACUAACAGGGAGGUUUUAUGGCAGCAUCUAGCAGGAUUACGGGGGAACAUCUCCCUCCCUUGGUUGCUUGUGGGGGAUUGGAAUGAAGUUCUCCACCCUCAUGAAGUUCGUGGUGGGGACUUACUGCCUAAUCGUGCUCUCCGUUUUGCUUCUGCGCUUGAGGAUUGUAAUCUGGUUGAUCUUGGGAUGGCAGGAGGGAAUUUUACCUGGUUCCGGAAGGUAAACCAUGUGCUGAUUUUAUCAAAAAAAUUAGAUAGAGCCUUGUGCGAUACAGAUUGGCAAGUUGCGUUCCCAGGUGCUAAUGUCGAAGUUCUAAACCGCAUCCAUUCCGACCAUACUCCGCUCAUGAUUCAUUGUGGAUCGUCGUUGCAUGGUUCCUAUCCUCGCCCGUUCAGGUUCAUGGCGGCAUGGAUGGAGCAUGAGAAUUACAGGUCGUUGGUGUCAAAUGCUUGGAAUAGAGGCAGUGACAAUGUCCAAAGUAAGUUGAGUUCCGUUCAAGUUGAUUCUAUAGCCUUUAAUAAAGAUGUCUUUGGUGAUAUAUUUAGGAGGAAAAGGAGAAUUGAAGCCCGCUUGAAAGGUGCACAACGUGAACUAAAUGUUAGAGUCACUUCUGAUCUUGUUAUGUUCGAGGCUGACAUGCAAAGAGAGUACAGGAGUAUUCUCAAACAGGAGGAACUUCUCUGGUUUCAAAAAUCUAGAGAUAAUAGAGUGAAGUUUGGGGAUCGUAACACUGCCUACUUCCAUGCUCAAACAAUGAUUCGUCGCAAGCGGAACACGAUCCACAGACUGAAGCUUGACAAUGGAGAAUGGUGUUCUGAUGGGAAUAGGUUGCGGGCAGAGGUGUUGAACUACUUUCAGUCGUUAUUUGGGGCUCGAAUUGACAUGAAUGGGGCGGUCUUGAACCAUUUGAGGUUCCCUAGGCUCUCAGAGGCAGCUGCCACUUGUUUGGGGGACACUGUUGAUAAGGAAGAGGUCCGUCAGGCACUGAUGUCUAUGAAAUCAUUUACGGCUCCAGGACCGGAUGGGUUUCAACCAGUAUUUUUCAAAAAAUAUUGGGACUUGGUAGGAGAGGAUGUGUGGAGGUUAGUUCGGGAUGCUUUUGCUACAGGUACCGUGGAUGCCAGUAUUAUGGAGACUUUGAUUGUUCUGAUCCCUAAAGUGGAUCAUCCGGCUACUAUUAAGGAGUUUAGACCAAUCAGUCUUUGUAACGUUGUUUAUAAAUUAAUCACCAAAGUUAUGGUGGGGAGAAUUAGACCCUUCCUGGAUGGGAUUAUCAGUCCAAUGCAGAAUAGUUUUCUUCCCGGGCGUGGAACUAUGGAUAAUGCUUUUCUUGCUCAAGAAAUUAUUCAUCAUAUGAAUAAUUCGCGGGUAAAGAAGGGUAGUUUGGCAUUCAAGAUCGAUUUGGAAAAAGCUUAUGAUAGCGUAUCUUGGACUUUUUUGGAGGAGACACUGACUCUCUUUGGAUUCCCUCCCCGUAUCAUCCAGUUGAUUAUGUGUUGUGUGUCCUCCUCCUCGCUCUCAAUUCUUUGGAAUGGUGAGCGUUUGCCUGCUUUCCACCCAGGUAGAGGCUUGAGACAAGGAGAUCCUUUGUCUCCCUAUCUGUUUGUGCUAUGUAUGGAACGACUCUCUGUGUAUAUUCAAUCUCUUGUUGAGGAAAAUAGUUGGCAGCCUGUCCGUCUUUCCCCUGAUGGACCUCCUAUUUCUCAUCUUUUCUUUGCUGAUGACGUUCUCCUGUUUUGCAAAGCGUCGGGAGCUCAGGUGCAGUUGGUUGCAGAAGCUUUGAAAUUGUUCUGCGAUAGCUCAGGUCUUAGAAUUAAUAUGGCCAAGUCCAAAGCCAUUGCUUCCAGGGGAGUCAGCCAGGCAAUCCGCAAUGAAGUUCGCAAUAUUGCUCCUAUUCCUUUUGUUCAUAACUUGGGCAAAUACUUGGGCUUUCCGCUGCAUGGUGGACGGAGAGACAGAAAUGCUUUCCAAUACCUUCUGGAUAAUAUCCAAAGGAAAUUGGCUUCUUGGAAAACUAACAUGUUGAAUUUUGCAGGUAGAGUUUGUUUGGCGAAGUCAGUUCUAGCUGCUAUCCCAACUUAUUCCAUGCAAGUUUUCUGGCUUCCUAGAUGGCUUAACGAAAGAAUAAACCAGCUGGUUAGAAAUUUUAUUUGGUCCCGUCAUGGUGGUAAUCGCGGCUGGCAUUUGGUGAAUUGGGACACCCUAACCAGAGAUAAAGAUUGUGGUGGUCUUGGGAUCAAAGAGAUGAACAGGUUUAAUACGGCGCUUCUAGGGAAAGCUGUUUGGCAAUUGGUCCAGAAACCAAAUAAGCUUUGGGUGAAAGUUCUUGACCAGAAAUAUAUCAAGGACUCGUCUAUCCUCAGUGUUCAACCCAGGCAGAAGGAUUCGCCGCUCUGGAAGGGCAUCCUUCGGGCUAGAGAUCAAGUGGGGCAGCAAAUGGUUUUCAGGAUUGGGAAUGGAGAGACGUCGCUGUGGUACAAGGAUUGGAGCGGUACAGGUCCAAUUGCUCAUCAAUUGCCCUUCGUAAAUAUCGCUGAUGUUCAUUUGCAGUUGAAGGAUAUUAUCCAGGGUAAUGUUUGGGAUCUCAAUCGUUUAUACACUAUGAUCCCGCUCUCAGUGCAGCAGAAACUCACAGACUUACAGCCUACUGUCUGUGCGGCGAGGAGUGAUGGGUGGGUGUGGAAUGUUGGUAAUAAGGGUCAGUACACGGUUCGGGAUGGUUAUGCGUGGCUCAAUGGUUGUGCUCAUGACCAGCAGGGAGAUCGUAAGAUUGACUGGGUUUGGAAGCUUAAAGUGCCCGAAAAGGUUAGAGUGUUUGUUUGGUUAGUUUUACAUAAUGCGAUCCAGGUUAAUCAAUUGAGAGCCCGUUGUCAUAUGGCUGCGGAUGCUACCUGUACGCGGUGUUCGAACGGCUUAGAAGAUGCUCUUCAUUGCCUGCGGGAUUGCCCGCAAUCCUGGGAUCUUUGGCAGCGUUUGGGGGCAACAAAUUGGGCUAAUUUUCGCUGCUCUGAGCUCGAGCGAUGGGUGACCUCCCUGUCUCGUGGUGUUCAUGGUGUGCGUUUCUUGGCUGGGUUAUGGGCUGCUUGGAAAUGGCGCUGCAACUUGCUGUUGGACGCUCAUCCGUGGCCUUUCGAAGUGGCUUGGCGUCGGCUCUCUCAUGAUCACGAUGAUUGGAUUCGUAGCAGUCAAGAGGUUGAUCUUUUGCUGUGUAACGCAUGGUCUCCUCCUCCAACCAACAUGGUGAAGUGCAAUUCUGAUGGGAGUUUCUGUGAUAGUAAUCAGCGGAUUGGUGGCGGUGGAAUUAUCAGGGAUCACCUUGGCCGUUGGGUGGUGGGCUGCUACUCCGGGGAGGCUGGAGAUAGUGCGUUCAGAGCAGAAGCCGUGGCGAUGCGAGAUGUUCUCCAGUUAGCCUGGGAGAAGGGGUUUAGGCGAGUGAUAUGUGAUGUUGAUUGUGCAGAGCUGGCCUCCAUAAUAACAGAUGAAGCAGCUUCUCAAAGACAUGCAGAGUUUCUUGUGCUUGGUUCUAUUCGUCAGCUUCUAGCACGAGAGUGGAACGUCAGGAUCAAUUGUGUGCAUCGAGAGAGCAAUAUUGUAGCAGACUACCUUGCCAGGAGAGGUGCAGCAGCAAGAUCUUCUGGGGCUUGGGUCAUUGAGUCUCCUGACCCGGAUGUUGAGUACCUUCUCUUGAAGGACUCGUUGUCCAUUCUUUAG